AUGGUGAUUGAUAGAGGAUACAUCUCCCCAUACUUUGUUACUGACCCUGAGAAAUUAAUAGUCGAACUCGAGAACGCCCGGGUGUUGGUAACAGACCAAGAGAUAUCUUCAAAUAAAGACAUAAUCCCAUUGGUGGAAAAAAUAAUGAGCUUAAACGCUCCUUUGUUGAUUAUUGCUGAAGAUGUCACUGGUGAAGCUUUAGCAACUCUUGUUAUAAACAAAGUGCGAGGCGUCCUGAAAGUGGCUGCCAUUAAAGCGCCGGGUAUUGGCGAAAGAAGAAAAGCCCUCCUUCAAGACAUCGCCAUCAUGACAGGAGCUACGUUCCUAUCGAGUGAAUCGGGUUUGCUUAUCGAAAACAUAUCAGUUGAGCAAUUUGGAAAGGCUAAAACGGUCACAGUCAGCAAAGAGUCAACCACCAUCAAUGCAAAUGCUGAUGGUGCAUCUAAAGAUAAAAUCGAGUGGAGAGUUUCCGAAAUCAAGAAAGAAUUAUCUGAAACAGAUUCGCUCUACGAUUCUGAACAACUUGCAAAACAAAUCGCGAAUUUAUCCCGCAGGGUCGCUGUCAUAAAAGUGGGGGGCUCUGCAACCGAAACAGAAUUAUCCCGUUUCGAGGACGCAAAAAACGCAACAUUUUCAGCAAUAAAAGAAGGAAUAGUCCCUGGAGGUGGAGCUGCAUUUGUUCAUCUGUCAACAUUAGUUCCUGCCAUUAAGGAAAAGCUUGAUAAUGCAGAUGAACGUUUGGGUGCUGAUAUUAUUCAAAAGGCAAUUGUGGCACCCGCAUCGUUGAUUGCACAGAACGCCGGAAUUGAUGGUGAGGUGGCUGUUGAGAAGGUGAAGGAAGGGGAAUGGGAGAUGGGGUAUAACGCAGUGACUAAUGAGUAUGAGAAUUUGGUGGAGGCUGGAGUUGUUGAUCCCGCAAAGGUGGCACGAUCUGCACUUGAGAAUGCGGCUUUGGUUGCAGGGAGGGUGUUGAUUACACAGGGGACUCUGCUUGACAACAUCAUGGCUAUGUCGGAUGUGGCUGUUGUGUAGUGUAAUGAUUUAUAACAGUUGCGGAAGGUUGAAGAAUAAAGGCCAAGUUAAAUUAUGUUGAUGUUGUAUUUUAUGUGGUUGC